ACAUUGGGUUCCCGACUCCGGGGACUUUCGAGGGCCGGGCCGGCUGUGUGAAGGCGACGUAGCCACUUCCGUUUCCUUCUAGGCCGGGGACCGGCGGCCCGACGGACUUGGUUUGGCCAGGUUAGGGCUCGGGCCGCCCCUCCUCCGGGACCCUCCCCUCGGGAAUCUGCGUCGCCGCCGGCGGUGGGAGCCACAGCUUUCCUGGCGCGAAGAGGUGGACAAAUCCUGUUUUCAAAAGAAGAUGACUUUGAACAGUUUUGAAGGAUCUAAAACUUGUGUGCCUGCAGACAACAAUAAGGAUGAGGAAUUUGUAGAAGAGUUUAAUAGACUACAAACAUUUGCUAACUUCCCAAGUAGCAGUCCUGUUUCAGCGUCUACACUGGCACGAGCAGGUUUUCUUUACACUGGUGAAGGCGAUACUGUGCGGUGCUUUAGUUGUCAUGCAGCAGUAGAUAGAUGGCAAUAUGGAGACUCAGCAAUUGGAAGACACAGGAAAGUAUCCCCAAAUUGCAGAUUUAUUAAUGGCUUUUAUUUUGAAAAUAGUACUGGACAACCUACAAAUCCUGGUAUCCAAAAUGGUCAGCACAAGGCUGAAAGCUAUCUGGGAAGCAGAAAUCACUUUGCGCUAGACAGGCCAUCUGAGACUCAUGCUGAUUAUCUUUUGAGAACUGGACAGGUUGUAGAUAUUUCAGACACCAUAUACCCGAGGAACACGGCCAUGUGCAGUGAAGAAGCUAGGUUAAAGUCCUUUCAGAACUGGCCAGACUAUGCCCACUUAACCCCCAGAGAGUUAGCUAGUGCUGGACUCUACUACACAGGCAUUGAUGAUCAAGUGCAAUGCUUUUGUUGUGGUGGAAAACUGAAAAAUUGGGAGCCUUGUGAUCGUGCCUGGUCAGAACACAGGCGACACUUUCCAAAUUGCUUCUUUGUUUUGGGCCGGAAUGUUAACAUUCGAAGUGAAUCUGAUGUCGUGAGUUCUGAUAGGACUUUUCCAAAUUCAACAAGUCCUCCACGAAAUCCAGCCAUGGCAGAGUAUGAAGCACGGCUCCUGACUUUUGGAACAUGGAUAUACUCAGUUAACAAGGAGCAGCUGGCAAGAGCCGGAUUUUAUGCUUUAGGUAAAGGUGAUAAAGUGAAGUGCUUUCACUGUGGAGGAGGAUUGACUGAUUGGAAACCCAGUGAAGACCCUUGGGAGCAACAUGCUAAGUGGUAUCCAGGGUGUAAAUAUCUAUUGGAUGAGAAGGGACAAGAAUAUAUAAAUAAUAUUCAUUUAAGCCAUUCACUUGAAGAGUCUUUGGUAAGAACUAGUGAAAAAACAUCACAAGCUAAACAAAUAGAUGAUACCAUCUCCCAGAAUCCUAUGGUACAAGAGGCAAUCCGAAUGGGAUUCAGUUUCAAGGACAUUAAGAAAAUAAUGGAGGAAAAGCUUCAGACAUCUGGAAGCAACUACCUGUCACUUGAAGUCCUAGUUGCAGAUCUCGUGAGUGCUCAGAAGGAUGAUUCACAAGAUGAAUCAAGUCAGACUUCAUUGCAGAGAGAUAUGAGUACGGAAGAGCAGCUAAGACGCCUGCAAGAGGAGAAGCUGUGCAAAAUCUGCAUGGAUAAAAAUAUUGCUGUAGUUUUUAUUCCUUGUGGACAUCUGGUCACUUGUAAACAAUGUGCUGAAGCAGUUGACAAAUGUCCCAUGUGCUACACAGUCAUUACAUUCAAGCAAAAAAUCUUUAUGUCUUAAUCCAGCACCAUAGUAGACAUGCCUGGUCAAAUGUGUGAUGUGAAGGACCUUUUUUUUAGUCAGCAUAUAAUCCCACAUGGAAACAAAUGUUAGCAGCACUGUUUCAGUCUAAACUUUGAAUUUUUGGAGUUUUCAGGUUAUUAGCUUACUAUUUAUCCAAUUUUUAUUAUUAUUGUUCAAUUGAAACCCUAGACUACAAAUCAUUUAACUUAUCACAAUAAGUACUUGUACACUGACUUGGUUUCUAUGUGUAAGUAAGUUAAUCAUCCGAAGUUUUCAUUCUUUUCAGAUAGGCUUAACAAAUGCAGCAUUCUGUAUAAGCAUGGAGAUUAGAGUUAAUCUCCCCAGUCACAUAAUUUGUUUUGUUGAGUAAGGAAUGAACUGUUCCACACUGGUGGAAAGAUAGACUUUAUUUUUAGAUGUUUGUCUUUGUGUUUUAGGAUUCUGUCCAUUUUCUUUUAAGAUGAUAACCAUAAUUGUGUGAGUGAUUUUUAAAGUGAUUUUGCCAUUUCUUAAAGGAUAGUGAUAGACUUCCAUCUAGGCAAUAUGUACUGACACAGGAAGAUGGCAAAGAUAUAUUAAAUGUAAGAUACAAGUGUCAAAACAUGUAUAGUAUGAGCCAAAUCAAGGUAUGUGUAUUUUGUAUUUGUAUAUAAAAAUAUUUGGAAAUAUAUGCACCAAACUAUUCAAUGUUUUUCUUGAGGGGGUGGGGGAAGGGUCACAAAGGGGCUUACAGAAGCCCUUUACUUUUUUUCCAUUUAGUUUUUUUUUUAGGUUUUUAUAAGUAUGUAUUACUUUAUAUAAUCAGAAUUUUUAGAAAGUAUUUUACUGAUUUAAAGGCUUAGGCAUGUUCAAACACCUGCAAAACUACUUAUUGCUCAGAUUUAGUUUUCAAAUCCAAGAAGGCAGGGUAGUUAACCUUUUUGGUGCCAAUGUGAAAUUUAAGUGUUUUUAUUUUACCUGCUUUGUGGAUGAAAAAUAUUUCUGAGUGGUAGUUUUCUGACAGGUAGACCAUGUCUUCUUAUCUUGUUUCAAAAUAAUAUUUCUGAUUUUGUAAAAUGAAAUAUAAAAUAUGUCUCAGAUCUUCCAAUUAAUUAGUAAGGAUUCAUCCUUAAUCCUUGCUAGUUUAAGCCUGCCUAAGUCACUUUACUAAAAGAUCUUUGUUAACCCAGUAUUUUAAACAUCUGUCUGCUUAUGUAGGUAAAAGUAGAAGCAUGCUUGUAAACUGCUUGUAGUUGUAGUGACAGCGCUUCAUGUGUUUUCAUCAUUAGGAUGGUUAAGAUGUAUAUAGGAUACAAUGUUAAGUCUUUGCUUUUGUUUUCUUGACUAGUAAUAGUAGUAGAUAUUUUUUUAAAAAAAUUAUCUCAAAAUCCUUAAAAUAUCUUGAAAGUUACAAGAGUGAUUGUUUAAAUAUUUUUAAGAACUUGGAUAAGCAUCAAGAUGGAUAAAAUUGGAAGUUGAAAAAUACUUCACAGAACAUCCAGGAUUUACAUUACAACAUUGUAAUAAAGGAUCUAUUGUAGCCAGGUGUGGUGGCACACGCCUUUAAUCCCAGCACUCAUUUGAGGUUGAGGUAGGAAGAGCACCAUGAGUUCAAGGCCACUCUGAGAUUACAUGGUGAAUUCCUGGUCAGCCUGGGCUAGAGUGAUACCCUACCUUGAAAAAAACAAAAAACAACAGCAAAAAAAAAGAUCUAUGUACAGAUGGGGCAUUUUACUGCAAAGAGCAGUUUGAGAGAAAAACUGUUACAUAUUAUAUUUUUGGUUGUAUUUUCUAAGAGAAAGAGUAUUGUUAGGUUCUCCUAACCUCUGUUGACUACUAUGUUAAGUGAUGUUACCUUAAAGUAUUGAAAAUUUAAUUAGAAAUUUUAAAAAUUAAUUAAUGAUUGCCCUGUGGUCCCCCCACCACCACCCUCUUUCUUGGUUUCUGCAAUUUAGAAAACCCUCAGUUCUACUUAGCUUCAAUUAUGUAGUUGAACUUUGGUCUGUUUAGACUUAGGUUAAAGCUAAAUUGACAUUUGCAUUCUACAAGGGGAGAAAAGUGUUAAAGUUUUUUCAAAUGUGUUUUUCAGAACACUUCAGCUCCAAGUCACGUAGGUAGUUCAAUCUAGUUGUUAGCCAAGGACUCAAGGACGGAAUUGUUUUAACAUAAGUCUUUUCCUGCCUGAGAGCCUUGGGUUAUGAAAACUCUUCUUUGAAAACUUGUAUGUUGAUAGUUAAGCAAGACUUUUUUUUUUUUUCUUCAUGGGUUGUGAAAUGUAAUGCAUGAAGCUGAUGUGGCUAACAAGUUUAUUUUAAGAAUUGUUUAGAAAUGCUACUGCCUCAGGUUCUUUAAAAUCACACACCACUCCAACUUCUAAUUAAAUUUUUGGAGACUUACCAGAGUUUGUAUUCACACUACAAAAAAACAAAACACUAGAUUCUUCCCAUAUAGUUGUCCAAAAAUUGAUUACAUGCAAGGUCAAAAAAUAUAAGUGAAUCCAAAUCACCCCCUAGAAUUCUUAGUAUUUUACAUGUUGAUUUUUCUUUUCUGUAUAAAGUUUACCUCUAGCAUUUUGAAGUCACCACCUAUAUUACUACAUGCUAGUCAUGUGAAGAUGGAAUCAUUUUGUGACAGCUAACUUUAUUUGUAAUAAUCUAGUGUGCUCGUCAAAAGCUUUGCAUUAAUUUUUGAAAGUGUAGCAUUUAAUAAAUGAUAGUUUAUUUGAUUAAUGACUUUGUAUUGCCUCCUGAUAGAUUUGUUUCCCCUCCUUUGGUUAGGGAUAGAGGAAGGGUGAGUGUAGUAAGUGUAUAUAAUGUGAUUUGGCCAUGUGUAUUAGAAUAUUUUGAGUUUUGUUGUUAAACUAUUUAAAGUUUGUAUUUUUUUUCAGUUUUCAUUUCAGUGGAUAAAAUUUGUAUCUUAAACUCGUAGUGGAAACUGCCAUCCCAGCAUUAGUUUGCAUUGUUUCACUCCUAAUUACCCAGGCGUUGCUUAAGGAAAGGGAUGGAGGAAGUAGAAGAAAGAAAUGAGGUAGACCGGUUGCCAUUGCUAUUUAGAGAAAUUAGAAAAUGUGAGGGUGAAUUUGACAGACAUAGUUCUUUUUAGUCAAUUUUUUUAAGUAGCCAUUUAAGCCACCGUGGUGACUCAUGCCUUUAAUCCCAGCACUUGGGAGGAAGAGGCAGGAGGAUCGCUAUGAGUUCAAGACCCUACCUCGAAAAACCAAAAAAAAAAAAAAAAAGGUAGCCAUUUCUCCACUGUAAAGCACCUGCUCUAGAUGUUAAUUCCUAUCCUAACACCUUUAACCCCUCCAUUUGUUUGCCUUGGCCUGGAAACUUAGGCUAAAGCAUAGAAGAAAUUCCUACAUAAUUCUUCCAGUCACGAUUACUCAUCUUUUUUGGAUGUUUCUCAUAAUGAAGAUAUAAUCACAAUAAAUAUGUAGGUCAGGUAAUAGAUGUAAAGCAGCUCUGAGAGAACAGAGACUUUUGCCUGGCUGCCUGUGCUACCUGCUGGUGUGUGCAGUUACCCUCUUGCUGCCAUCCUCUGCUGACAUUGUACCUCGGCUGCUUCAGCCUUCCACUGUGGACAGGAGACCAGCAGCUCUCCAGGAAUCCCCAAGACCUUCAACACCAGAUUGGCACUGCUCAGGCACCCAGCCUCAUGGACAGAGCAGCUACUGGGUUCUCUGACUUCUCAGCACAUAGCCUGUAAGCCAAUCUGAUUAAGUCCCUUUUCUAAUAAAAAAAAAAAAUAGGUCAAUCUCCUAGAAAUGUUUAAUUAAAAAACUAGAAAAAUUUUUAUUCUUAAAUUCAUUUGAGUUUUCCUAAUAGAAACAAUUGACUUAUUCCCAUCCUAAUAGUGUCAACUUGACUCAUACAUUUAACGUAAUGUAGAUUUAUUUCACAGUGUAAUAGAAUCAAUCAUGGAGUAUCAGAGCUGACCUUAGAAAAUAACUGAUUUAUCCCCCUCAUUUUAUUAUAAUCGUUGAGGGAACUGAGGCUUGAAGGAGAGGUAAUUUCUUUAAAGCUAUAUAGCUAAUUAGUUGGCAGCACCCUGACAGAAAAAUAGUUUAAACACAAAAAACAUAUUUAUUUUCAGUCAUUCCUUCUACUAUACCCUUUCACCAUAUAUUAAAUGAUAUUUUAUAAUUGAUAUAAUAGGACAAUCCUAAAUACAUAUAUCUUCAAAUUAAACAGUAUUACAUUAAUAUUUGGGUGGUACAAUAUUAUUUUAAAGGCUGAAGUUUUACGUAUAGAUUUUUGGCAUUUACCACAUGCUUGUUGUAUAUCAUUAAUGUAACAUUUAAGAUUACUGUGUAAGUAUUAAUGUAUCAUUUAAGAUUACUAUGUAAGUAUAUCUUAUCGUUUUGUCCAUACUUAGCAACCAAUUUGCAUUUUUGAUUUGGUGUAACAAAGGCUUUAAUGUAAUUGGUUAGAUUUUGCAUUUUUCAUUAGUUACACUGAACCUGAUGAGUGACUGGUUCUUAGUCAUUGUGUUAGUGUUGUGAAUAAUCAUGUCAUGUUUUGAGAGAGUACUAUAUUUGUGAAUAUAAAUUUAUAGCUUCUUCUUUUUGUCAUUUAGUAGAAACCUUUACAUCAUUAUGGAAAAUUAUGAAAAUUGCUUUCUGCUGUAUAAUCUGGCAUUUGUUGUAGAUUAAAGCUUAUUUUUCUGUGAAUUAAAUUUAUCCAAUAAAGCACUAUUCUAAUGA